CUGAAGUCAUAUCCUGAUGCAGAAAUCGACAGCUGGGCCUUACUCUUAACAACUAAUAUCACCUUCUCUUAAUAAUAUAAAUCAAACCCAUUUUCCAAUUGAAUCUUCAGAGCCUACUCUGUACUAUUUCCCUUCUUCCUCCCAUUCUCUCAAAAUCAUGCCUUCCUCUACUGCUUUGCUUUUCGGCUCGCUCAUAGCAAUCACCAUGCUUCUGCCAACCCUCGCAACCGUCCACACCGUCGGAGAUUCUUCAGGUUGGGCAAUUGGUGCUGAUUAUAGUUCAUGGACGGGUGACAAAACCUUCGCAGUGGGUGAUACUCUUGUGUUCAACUAUGGAGCUGGGCACACAGUGGAUGAAGUUAAAGAGAGUGACUACAAAUCAUGCAGCGCAGGGAAUUCAAUUAGUACAGACAGUAGUGGCGCAACCACCAUUGCCCUCAAGACUGCAGGCACUCAUUACUUCAUAUGUUCUGUUCCCGGACAUUGUUCUGGCGGCAUGAAACUUGCCGUCACUGUUAAAGCAGGAAAAGACACUACUCCUUCAACUGGGAAGGCUCCACCUUCUUCUGAUGGCACAGCCACCACAACCACUGCUGCUAGAUCAAACUCGGCUUCAACAACUGGUGUGUUUUCAGUUGUUGCCAUGUUGAUUGUUUCAUGGAUCUCUUUCUUUGGCUUGCGCAUGGCGUGAGAAAUUUGAUCGCUGAGCCAGGACAGAGGCAGUGCUUUUAGAGUUUCUUCCACCCUAUAAUUAUAAUUAUCACUCUGUUUUCUGGUUUGACUUAUUCAGAUUUACCUGUGACUACUAAUUCAAGCCUUUUGUAGUGUUAGUUGUCUAGGAAAUUUCCCAUGUUUGGUGUUUUUUUAUUAUUUUUGUUAUAUAUUAUCGGCACUAUUCCGUAAGAUAUUUUCUUUAAAAUACUA